AUGGAGAGUGAAAACUUAUAUCAAAAAAUGUUCACUGUAAAGAGUCUUUUCUUGGUAGUGAUAAUCAUUUUUGAGCUAUCAAACUCCUCUGUUAGUUUAACAAUCAAGAAAACAAAUACUAAUGUUGGAGUAAUUAGUUUGAACAAGUUUCAGGAUGUGAUAUUCUAUGGGAGAAUCAGUGUCGGCACGCCACCUCAAAACUUUGAUGUAGUCUUCGACACGGGGAGCUCCAACUUUUGGGUUCCAUCCACGUCGUGGUCUGCUAAAACAACCUAUCCUCACCAAAAAUUUAACGCAAAGGCGUCAAAGACGUACCAUACACGUCCAGGAAGAAAGGAGUAUGAUAUUGCAUAUACAUCGGGUGCACUGGAAGGUACCCUAUCCAAAGAUAACCUCAUGCUAGGAGGGAUUACUCUUGAGGGGCAGGACUUCUUUAUAGGGUCUAAGCCAGAUCAUUUUUUUACAACUGUAAAAUUUGAUGGGAUACUGGGACUGGGAUUACCAGCUCUGAAGAUUUCUGGAACUGACUCGGUUCUGGAGAAUCUGGUGAACAAAAAAUUACUAACCCAACGUAUAUUCUCUAUCUGGCUGUCUUCUCGCGAGGGAGAUGGAGACGAAGUUCAAAACGCCGGUCAGAUAACUUUUGGUGGAGUUGACAAAAAACGCUUCCGUGGCGAACAUGUCUACGUUCCUGUAUUGUCGUCGACAGGCUUUUGGAACAUUUCAGUUUCCCAAUUUACCGUUCGGGGAAAAGACAUCAAAGUCUGUGUUCCACAAUGCUUUGCAUUUGUGGACUCUGGGACGACGGAUAUUGUUGGUCCAAGGGAUCAAAUCGAGAAGAUCUACAAGGAACUUGAUAUAACGAACCGUAAAAUUAAAUGCGCCGACAUUGACACGGCUCCCGUGAUCUCUUUCAACGUCGGAGGAAAUACGUUCUCACUCACUCCAGCCAAUUACAUAUACAAAUUUCGUGAUGCAAAGGGUAGCACAGUAUGCCGCGUUCAUUUUGUUAAGCCUGAAAAAAACGGUAAAACUGACUCUUGGAUUUUGGGUGCGGCGUUCAUGCAAGCAUACCAUACAGUCUUCGAUUUUGAAGAUUUCAAGAAGCCGAAGAUAGGCUUUGCUAAAGCAGCAGCAUAAGCGUGGAGAUAAAGAAGAAGCGAAAACACUAUAAAAAAAAAGGAAUACUUAAUUCGGUUUGUUGUUUCUCCUGUUAAUGAUGCUUAAUUAAGUUACAUAUUAUUAUCUUAAUA